GCUGCUGCUGCCUCGGCGCACAUGCAAAUCAACUACCCUUGCCCCCGUUUCUCGCCUCACUGCGCAACCACUCCGGUCCUCCCUCCUGGCGAGUCUCUCAACUACAAUCUGGCCAGCCCAAUCGGCUCUGGCGGUGAUAUCCUCGCUCCUCUAUGCCACUCGCAGACCGCCUGGCCCCAGGUCAACGAGAAGUGGACUGCCGGUCAGUCCAUCACUGUCAAGUUCGCUCAAGGAGGCGCUGCUCACGGCGGUGGCCACUGCGAGUUCUCGCUGUCGUAUGAUGGCGGCAAGACCUUUGUUGUCAUCCACCAGGAGCUGAAGUACUGCUUCGUCGGCAGUGCUUCAUCCAGCAACACCGCAAACACUCUUAGCUACACAUUCAACCUGCCUUCGGAUCUGCCUGGCACCGAUCACGCUGUGUUUGCCUGGUCGUGGGUUAAUGCUGUUGGCAAUCGCGAGUUCUACAUGGAUUGCGCCGAUGUCUCAAUCUCAGGAUCCUCAAAGUCGUUCACAGGCAAGGAGAUGACGAUUGCCAACUAUGGUUCCAACUACCCUACCAUUGGCGAGUUCAAUGGCAACUACGACACUGGCCUCGAUGUCUACAGCAAGGCUAAGCAGAUCACUGUCACUGGGAAUGGCUCGUCGUCAGGUUCGCCUGGUGCUUCGAGCUCGUCAGCAUCGUAUACUGCUUCGACUGCUUCUACAUCAGCUGCCCCUGCCACCACUGCUACCACCACUGGCUUGUCGACUCGUGCUGGCCACACCCCGGCUACUUCCCCUAGCCCAGCUUCAUCUGCCCCUGCCACCUCAGCUGCCCCUGCCUCUACAUCAGCUGCCCCUGCUCCUACCUCCGCUGCCCCUCCCUCUGACGGAUCCUGCAGCGGUAACGAGUACAAGUGCAGCUCGGAUGGCAAGGGCUUCUUGCAGUGCAUCGACGGUGCCUGGUCUAGCACCAUCUACUGCCCCUCGAGCACCACUUGUUUCCAGGACGGUACCUCGAUCUACUGCGGUUUUCCUCAGUAAAGCGACUGUUUGAUUUUAGGAUUUUUAUGAUGCAUCUUACCUACAUGUCCACUGGUUUGGAUAUGAGGUGGCGUAAAGAAUACCAAUAAAAUCGACGAUUCCACUUCAAA